AUGAAGACAUCAAUCGGGACGUUGUCUUCUCAGAGCCCUUUCACGGCAAACAUAGUGGGAGUGGGCAAUGCUAUGGCCAAUGCUAUGGCCAAUGCUAUGGUAGGCGUCUGUGAUAUCAGUGGUUCGUGGGCUGGAGGUGUUGAUGGGCGACAAGUGAUCGACCGGUUCCUGCCUACUGUGCCAUCACUGCUCAGUGACAAUGGUUUGCUGUAUAUGAUUGUUGUCAAAGAGAAUAACAUCUCAGAAAUAUGUGAUCAGAUGAAAGCAAUCAACUUUCAGAUGACUGUAGUAUUAGAGCGUAAAGCGGGUGCCGAACACCUGAUGGCACUUAGAUUUAACAGAUGUCCUGUCAUUUCAUAUGAUAUGCAAACAAUUAUCAACUUUUAAACACAAUUUACAACAAUUUUA